CGCAAUCAGGGGCAGACGCGUCCCGAGCGACGCCUAGGGGGUGUGGCCAGAGGACCGAAGGGGUUUCUCGCGCUGGGGGAUUUCUCUUUGGAAGGUGACCUGAAAAUUGAAUUGGAGUGUCCUUAUUUCUCCUAUUGUCCAGGGGAAGAUAGAUGGCUGGAGGCAGAAUCUAGAGUCUUCAAAUAAAGUGGAGAUGUUGCCACCUUCAGGUUUCACGGGGCUGAUGCCCCCUUCCCACUUCCAAGCUCGGCCCUUCUCAAAUCCGCCAAGAAUGGCUCCCACCUGGGUCUCAGACUUCCCCGAGGUCCGAUCUCCAAUCCAUGGCUCAGAGAGGCGGAUAGACACUCAGCGGCCUCCAGUGACUAUGUGGGAACAAGAUUUAUCUGUCAAUAUGCAGGGGCCAGGGCGGACAGGCAGGUCCGUGGAGUUGGAGGGGUCUCAGGCCCUGAGCCAGCAGGCUCAGCUAAUCUCUCGGCAGCUGAGGGAGCUGCGGCGGCUAGAGGAUGAGGUCCGGACCCUUCGAGAAACCUCUCUGCAGCAGAAGAUGAGACUGGAGACCCAGGCCAUGGAGCUGGAGGCUCUGGCGCAGGCGGAGAAGGCUGGCCAAGCUGAAGCUGAAGGCCUGCGUGCUGCCUUGGCUGGAGCUGAGAUUAUUCGGAAGAACUUGGAAGAGGGAAGCCAGCGAGACUUGGAGGAGGUUCAGAGGCUGCACCAAGAGCAGCUGUCCUCCUUGACUCAGGCUCAUCAGGAAGCUCUUUCCAGUUUGACCAGCAAGGCCGAGGGUUUGGAGAAGUCUCUGAAUAGUCUAGAAAGCAGGAGGGCAGCAGAGGCCAAGGAACUGGCCAUGGCCCAGAAGGAGGCUGAGCUUUUGAGGAAGCAGCUGACCAAGACUCAAGAAGACUUGGCGGCCCAGGUGACCUUGGUAGAGAAUCUGAGGAAAUACGUGGGGGAACAAGUUCCUCUGGAGGUCUGUGACCAGGCAUGGGAACCUGAACGAAAGGAGCUUCUGGACACUGUGCAGGUGGAGGGACUGUCGAGGUGCAGCCCUGGAGGGGGCAUUGUGGGAAAUCAGCACUUGGAGGAGGAGCGGACCAGCCUCCGUGCCACCACGGAGAUGCUGCAGGUGCGCGUACAGAGCCUCAUGCACAUGCUCACCCUGCAGGAGGAGGAACUGACCAGGAAGGUUCAACUUUCAGAUUGCCUGGAGAAUGAAUUUGCUAUGAAGUGCAAGUCCCUGCUGCAGCGCUGGCGAGAGAAGGUGUUCACCCUCAUGGUACAGCUUAAGUCUCAGGAGAUAGAGCACAGAGAUUACAUGAAGCAACUGAAGGGCCAGGUGGCUGAGCUUCAGGAACAAGUGACAGUCCAGAGCCAAGAGCAGGCCAUCCUGGAGGGCUCCCUUCGGGAUAAAGCUGCUGAAGUGGAGGUGGAACGGAUGGGCGCCAAGUCCUUGCAGAUGGAGCUGAACCGGGCUCAGGAUGCCAGGCGGCGGCAGCAACAGCAGACAGCAUUGGCUGAGGAGCAGCUGAAGCUUGUGACUAGUGCUGUAAGCAGCUCCCAGAUGUGCUUCCAGAGCAACAUGAUAAAGGUGGAGCAAGCAGUCGCCCGGCUUCCCAGUCUCGCCAACAGACUUAGCUACGCCGUCCGCAAGGUCCACACCAUUCGCGGUCUGAUGGCUCGAAAACUUGCCCUUGCUCAACUGCGCAAGGAAAGUUGUCCUCCACCCUUACCCCCAACCUCAGUAGACUCGGACAUGAACCUGGAGUUGCAGCAGCUUCGGGAAGAACGGAACCGCCUAGAUGCAGAGCUCCAGCUGAGUGCCCAUCUCAUCCAGCAGGAAGUGGGCCGAGUGCGGGAACAAGGGGAGGCAGAGUGUCAGCAGCUGAACAAGGUGGCCCAGGAGCUGGAGCAGGAGCUACAGCGUACCCAGGAGUCCCUGGCCAGCGUGGGGUUGCAGCUGGAAGCAGCUCGUCAGAGCCAGCAGGAGAGUACCAAGGAAGCUGCCAGUCUCCGGCAGGAGCUGACCCAGCAGCAAGAGAUCUACGGACAAGCUCUGCAAGAGAAAGUGGCUGAGGUGGAGAGUCGGCUGCGGGAACAGCUCUCAGACACAGAGAGGAGACUGAAUGAGGCUCGAAGGGAGCAGGCCAAGGCUGUGGUCUCCCUGCGCCAGAUCCAGCGCAAAGCCACCCGGGAAAAGGAGCGGAACCAGGAACUCAGACGUCUGCAGGAUGAGGCCCGGAAGGAAGAGGGGGAGAGGCUGACUCGAAGGGUUCAGGAGCUGGAGAGGGACAAGAACCUCAUGAUGGCCACCUUGCAGCAAGAGGGUCUCCUCUCCCAUUACAAGCAGCAGCGGCUGUUGGCGGUUUUUCCCUCCAUAUUGGAUAAGAAGUUUGUGGAGUCCAGCCCCUGGCCUUUAGGAUCCACAGCAUCUGCACCUUCAGCCACCGCCCUGCCCACCAGGGGAUCCAUAAAAGGGUCCCUCUCUCUCCUGCUUGAUAACCUACAGGGUCUAAGUGAGUCCAUCUCCAAGGAGGAAGCCAUUUGUGAAGGAGACAACCAGAACUCUCCCGCUCCAGUCCAUGGCUGAGCAGCUAAGCAGCUAAGCAGUAGAACUCAGAGGGAAGCCAGUCUGGGGCUGGAUCCCCAGGAGGAUAAGAGGAUCCAGGAGAAAUGGGGUGAGGGCAGUCCAGCCCUCAUCACCAUCCAGCCUUGGGGACAUCAGCCUCCACCAUGUCUGAAUUCUCUCGCACUAAAUAAAGAUGAUUGUGGUAGA